AUAUUGUCAUGUAUGUGGUUGCCAUAAGAACAAAACACAAACUCACAAAAUCCAAACUGCUGCUUCAUUCUUUUGGCCAUAACUCUUGCACCAAAAUAUUUAAUAAGGGCAAAUAAAAGACAUGUUGUCUGCGCAACAAUUACCUUGUAUUCCUCGGACUCAGCUAGGACUGUGUACCAAUGGCCGGUUCCAAAAAGGUGUACCUUUUAUUGUCAGAGCAGAGCAAAUAUCAGCACCUUCAACCUCCCUCCAAGAUAAGGCUGGGAGGCGCCAAAUACUUGCCGCUGGACUAACAAUUGCUCCUUUGGUCCUUUUGUCAUGCCAGAAAUCAACUGCAUUUGCUGCAGAAAAUGCGAAGGGAUAUCUACCAGUCACUGACAAGAAAGAUGGAUACUCGUUUAUUUAUCCCUUUGGAUGGCAGGAAGUUGUUAUUGAAGGACAAGACAAGGUUUACAAAGAUGUUAUCGAGCCCUUAGAAAAUGUCAGUGUUACCGUGUUCCCUACAAACAAAGAGGACAUCCGAGACCUUGGUUCCCCACAAGAGGUUGCUGAAGCUUUGAUUAAAAAGGUUCUUGCUCCCCCUUCACAGAAGACAAAACUACUUACCGCAGCAGAGCAUGAUGUUGAUGGGAAAGCUUAUUACACCUUUGAAUUUGUCGCUCAAGCCCCAAACUUCACUCGGCACGCUCUCAGCACAAUCGUCAUUGGAAAUGGGAAGUUCUAUACUUUAACAACAGGGGCAAACGAGAGAAGGUGGGGCAAAAUGAAGGACAAACUAAACACCGUCAUCGAUUCCUUCAAAAUCUUCAAUGUGUGAAAAGUCAUUCAUUGUUUCAAUUUCCUAGCUAACACUACAGGCUAUCCUAUUUACAUAUAUAGGUGAGCAUUCUCGUACUGAAUGAUCAAAUUAAGGCAGCUAUUUUCUGCAUUUUCGUUAAAUAUCAUAAUACAUCAUUUUUAUAGUGUGAUAAUGUGAAGACGUUUUCAUGUUUUUUGGUGA